UCUCCUGGGAGACCCGAGGACCCACAGGCCUUCAAUUGCUCAUCCUCCACUGCGUCUCCUCCCCUCCGAGGAUGAGGACCCUGCUGCUUAUCUCCUUGGUCAGCUGUCUCGUUGCUGUGAAUCAAGCCAGCUUCAUCAACCGAUGUGACUUGGCCAAGGUGCUGCACCAGGAGGACUUGGACGGCUUUGAGGGCUACUCCCUGAGUGACUGGCUGUGCCUGGCUUUCGUGGAAAGUGAGUUCAACAUAACAAAGGUAAAUGAAAAUACAGAUGGCAGCUUUGACUAUGGCAUCUUCCAGAUCAACAGCCACUACUGGUGCAACGAUUACAAGAGUCAUACGGAAAACAUUUGCCAAGUUGACUGUCAAGAACUGCUGAGGCCCAAUCUUCUUUCAAUCAUCAACUGUGCGAAAAAGAUUGUGUCCAGAACAGGGAUGAAGAACUGGGUAAAAUGGAGGUUGCACUGUGCAGGCCGGCCACUCUCCUACUGGAUGACAGGAUGCCACCUGGCAUGAGACAUGGGGCAGGCUUGUGGUGGAGUCAUUCCAGAACUCCUCUCCUCACUUGUAAAUUCUUCAUUUCUUCUUCCUCUUGCCUCCACUUCAUGUUAUUUUCUUCCUUUCCCAUUUACAAAUAAAACUGACCAGAGCCCCAGGAAUAAAUGGUUUUCUAGGGCUUCCUCCUUAUUCCUAUCCAGGCCCAGGCCCCUGGUUCCUGACUGUCAUUUGCAAA